GUGCUCGACUGGCGGAGGGGAGAGUAAUGUAUCUCAGAGCAAUAGAAACGCAUGUCACCAGUUGCAGUCUGUAUGAAUCAGAAGUUUGCUUGUAUUAUUAUGUUGAAUUGACAUGUUUGUACAGAUAGAUCGUGUCAGUAGUAUUUAAAUAGCAUGAUGCUGUUGAUAGAAGCAGCUGCAUUAUUUUAAUUGUGUUGAUCAUUUAAAUAAUAUUAUUGUUGUCUUGCAAUCGGAGUUAUGCUGUGCGAGGAGAGUCGCGGACAGAGAAGCUUUAACAGGACGAAGAAGCAGUUCGGGAAAGACACGGCGGUUCAGGGCACCAAUGACAGCAGCAUCGUCAGUAAGUGUUCAGCGGUGGCACGCGGGUACUUCCAGGACGACUUCCUGAAGCGCUUCGUGAUCAAGACCGCCCGACGCGCGCCUCUCAUCAACAGGGGUUACUACAUCCGAGCAAAGGCUGUCGAUCACUGUCUGAGGGAGUUUCUGCAGCGAACGCAAUCCUGCACAAGGAGACAGCUGCUGUCCCUGGGAGCUGGGUUCGACUCCUUGUAUUUCCGGUUGAAGGCGGGGGGAGAGCUGGGGGGCGCAGUGGUCUUCGAGGUGGACUUCCCCGACGUGGCGCAACGCAAAGCCGCCCUGAUCAACAGAGACCCCGUGCUGAGGGAGAUACUGGGGACCACAGAGUCUGCAGCACCACCACACAGUCCCCUGGUGCUCAGCAGCGCAGACUACAGACUGGUGGGUGUGGAUCUGAAGGCACUGGGAGGACUGGAGAGCGCUCUGAGAGAGGCAGGGCUGCAGACCAGCGCUCCCACUCUGCUCCUCUCUGAGGUAGUGCUGACAUACAUGGACAAUACCAGGUCUGAAGCUCUGAUCCAGUGGGCAUCGGCUCUUUUCCCCUCCUCCGUGUUUGUGAUGUACGAGCAGCUCCGCCCACAUGACCCCUUUGGAAGGGUCAUGCAGCAGCACUUCCUGCAGCUCAACUCCACUCUGCACGCGCUAAGUCGCUACCCUGACAAGCAGACCCAGAGGCAACGGUUCCUAGACAGGGGCUGGGAGGAGUGUGUGUGCCUCGACAUGAACCACUUCUACUUCGAGUUCCUGAGUGAAGAGGAACGCAGCAGAGUGGAGCGUCUGGAGCCCUUCGAUGAGUACGAGGAGUGGCACCUGAAGUGCUCGCACUAUUUCAUCCUGGCUGCGUCGAAAGGAGAGCUGAAGCACCAGCCCCUGAUCUGCCCCCCCUGUGAAUCUCCAGUCCCAGCACUGGUGCCGGUAUUCUGCUCCCAGUUGCUCCCAGUCUCUGUUGUACCCAUGGAGCCUGAGGAAGCUGGACUGGGCUGUACUGACCUGUCUGGGUCUGGACUGGGUUGUACUGGUCUAGCUGGGUUCGGACUGGGCUGUGCUGCCCUGCAGCCUGGUAACGCUGUGCUGGUGAGCGGGGGUGCAGGCAGACACGGCCGAGGAGACCAGACUCGGGUUCUCAUCAGAGACAAGGCUGUCUGGAGAUGUGCCUGCCCCAGGAGCACAGAGUGGGGUGGCAGGAUGUUCCACACAGUGACGCCCGUCCCUGGUCAGCGCUGUGUGGUGUUUGGGGGGCGCACGUCCCCCCUGCGCCCCGCUACCAGUCUGCUAAGUGUGAGCUGGGACCCCACGACCCCUACUGACCCCAGGCUGAGCGUCAGCGAGCUGAACUGUACGGGCACUGCACCCAGACCACGGUGGAGGCACAGUGCGACACUGCUCACCUUCAGAGGGGAGAGCUACCUGUUUGUGUUCGGAGGGAGCUCCAUCGAGGAGCAGGCUCUUCAAGACUGGCACUUCCUCAAGCUGGAGGAGAACACCUGGACUCAGGUGCCUGUAGGGGGCUCUGUGCCCGAGCCUCGUCACUCCCACUCCGCCUGUCCCUAUGCUGGGGGGCUGGUGAUUGCGGGGGGGCUGGGGGGGCAGACCCCGCUCGGAUCCACGGUGUUGCUCAGACCUGCCCAGUCCGGCUUCCGCUGGCAUGAGCUGAAGACUGAUCCACCCAUCAUCCCCAGGUACUCUCACACGGCUCAUGUGAUUGGUGAUCAGCUGGUGCUGGUGGGCGGCAUUUGGAUCCAGGCUGACGGGGUGCCGGGAGUUGCGGUGAUCAACCUCACCACAGGGGGCAGCAGAGAGUACAGCAUCGACACGGCGGCAGUGCCCUGGCCCCUCAUGCUGCACUCUCACAGCUCUGAGCUCCUGGACGGAGGGAGGGAGGUGCUGCUGAUUGGAGGAGGGGGGAACUGCUUCUCAUUCGGGACUCAUCUGAACCCACAACCUGUAACCCUGGACCUGAGCCCUGCCCUGGACUGAGCCCUGCCCUGCCCUGGACUGAGCCCUGGGAUUCUUCAGGGGUACAUACAGAGAAUGAAGCCCCAGCUCAAUGAGGGAUGCUUGCCGGUGGUUUUAUUUCAGCUGGGCUGUGGUGGAGUCGUGCUGCUGCAGUCACUCGGUGAGUCGACGGAAGGACUGCACGGAGGGGCACACGGCGCCCCAGUCCACAGGCCUGCGGUACUCCCCCUUCUGCAGCAGGUACUGACGGCCCCUGUAGUUGGGAUGCUCAAAGAACACCCAGGCCCCCUCCAGAACCUUGCAGGAGUGGACCUCGCGGGUUCGGAACUGGUCCAUAACCGAGGGGCAGUCUUCCGUGGCCUUGAAGACCUGGCCCGUGAAGUCACCCUUGUCAUACAGCUGGAUCUUGUACUGGCUGCUGCUGGUCUGUGGGAGAGAGGGGAAGGGAGGGGUUCACCAGUGAGGCUCAGGCUGUCAGUAGUGUAGCAUAGUCCCUUACAUCAGUGUUUUAGCUCAUGAGCCCUAAUGUAACACGCAGCGCUCUGUUCAGCUGUACCAGGUGUAACGAUACACUAAUGUCACCAUACGGAUCGCACUAUGCAGCUCGCAGUCUGAGAGGUACCAUGCAUGUGAUGGUCCUGAUGGGGUACUUGCAUAACGCUAUAUACGAUCAAAUGGUCAAAUGAUGGACUACUUUUUUAAAAGGCAAAAAUGAAAUGUGAUAGGAUAGCGACGCGUUGUUUUAUUCACCACUGCAAAGAAACUGGUGCGGCAGAAGCACGUGCACUGGUGACUGGAUUAAAACAGUCCAGUGGUUAAAGAAAGGGGCUUCUGACCUUGAGGUUCCCGGUUCAAUCCCAGCCACUGACUCACUGUGUGUGACCCUGAGCAAGUCACUUAACCUGCUUCGGAUGAGACAGAAAACAAACAAGGUCCUAUUGGAAGUGACUCUGAAGCAGCAGUUGUGAUGCAUAGUUCACCCCCAAGUCUCUGUAAGUCGCUUUGGAUAAAAGUGUCUGCUAAAUGACUAAUUAAUAAUAAUAAUAAUAAUAAGUGGUGACAUCAACAUGGUGACUACUAGUCGGAGAAAACGUGCCGGGUGGCAGGCAAGGCUGUAACAGACUCACUGUUGUCAGAAAUUAAUCAUUACACCCCUAAUCCCAGUCGUGCAAUACACGACCCUCCCCAUUACACUGGCAAUACAAAUCAUCCAGUUUUGUAUUAUUAAUCUACAGUAUACACAAUCUGGAGAGACGAUAUGGGUAUUACUGAAGUAAAACACAUUGGCCAGCACGCUGGGGGACAUAGAGGGGUGCUGGCUCCAAGUGGGUAACGAAAAAAGAAACAAAGACACCACCACCAAUGCAACCACUGUGUUUUCUGUUCAUCCUACUAGAGAAGUCAAUACCUGUGCUCCUCGGCAAUUAAGACACUAGCUGACCCUGCAAAUUUCUUUAACUAGCUCACAAUCCAACAAGUACUGACCAGACAAAUACAA